ACAAAUAACAGAGAGAACUAAUAUAAUAAAAUUGCUAUUCCAUUAACAGUCACUGAAAGGCUUGUCCUUUUAUUCCUGUUACUUAUAUUCAACGAAGUUCUGUUAAAGACUUUUUUGUUGACAUUAUGCUAUAUCAAAAGUCUAGGAACAGGAAUAUUUCUAAUUAAAAACAAUUUAUAUUGUGCUCAUAAUUAAUUUAUGUUUAAUAUAGCAUUUUUGCAUAAUUCUGUGCAAUUUUCAGUACUACGCCUUAUUUAUUUUAUAUGGUUACUCAGUAUACAUUCGAGGCUGCAAUCUCUAGCUUAAGCAGUUAAGCAGUUUAGAUUUGUCUAUUGUUUGUGCGAUUGGCGUACUCUAAAUUUUUUGGAUUGUUGGGUGGAGAUGGACUAAGCCAAUGGAUUUGUUACUUACAAGUCCAGAUAAUAAAAUGUCGUAAUUUUCUUCAGAAAUAUGUAUAAAACGCGACAAAAAAAAGAGAGGGGUUUACAACUAAGGCCGGUAUGAUUGUAGCUAUGACUAAAUUGACAUGCCGACGGGGCAUGAGUUUCGAAUUUCGAAUUUGUGCUCAAUAAGACGCUUAGCAAACAGUCCAGUAAGCGUCGCGCGCGACCAAUUCUUUACCCUAUUUUCAAAAAAAUGAUAAUUCUUUACCCUAUUUUCUAAAAAAUGAUAAUUCUUUACCCUAUUUUCUAAAAAAUGACUUGUACAUCACAUAUUAUCCAAAACGUUUGUUUGUAAGUUGAUUGAAAACAUAAUCUAUUUAUAAUGUUUUAGAUAGACUUUCUGGUUAGUUCGUUUCAGUUCAGAGUUGCAUUUUUGCUAUGCAAUUGUUAAUUUUCAUUAUUUUGUUUAACUCUUCUUUUUGUGCUAUGUGGAAGUUCGGACACAAUAAAAAUAAAAGCUGAUUAUGGAAGACGAGGAUUUAUCUUUAUCGCCGGGUACAUUAGCCAUUUUGAAUGAAUUUCUUAAGGAAAAAGCUGAUCGUGAACGUGCAGAGCUCGAAAAAAUAAAAAACAAAAAUUAUAAAGAUUUACAUUUUCAAGAAGAUUGGCAAUUGAGCCAAUUUUGGUAUAGCUGUGAAACUACAGAUGUCUUCGGAAAGGUAGUUAAACAACUGCUUCAAGCAGCGGACGAUGCUUCUUUCCAUAUAGCUCUAUUAUCUUGUCCCUCUUUAUAUAAAUCAGUCAAAGAGAUUCAUGAUACGGUGCAAAUCUUUGAGUAUGAUAAACGCUUUGCCGCUUUUGGGGAAGAUUUUGUUUUUUAUGAUUUUAAUGAGGGAUGUGAAGCUAAUAAUUUAAAAAAAUUUUCUCAUCAAUACGAUUUGAUAAUAGCCGAUCCUCCGUUCCUCUCAGAAGAGUGCAUAGUCAAUAUGUGCAAAAUCAUCGAGUUUCUCUUAAAACCUUCUGGGAAGGUUAUUUUUUGUUCGGGUGUUUUAGUGGAACCUUGGCUAUGCUCUUAUCUACCCGUUAAAAAGUGCAAAUAUCAACCACAACACGAGCGCAACUUGGGCAACGAAUUCGCUUCUUAUGCUAAUUUUGAUUUAGACCAUUAUAUUAUAAGGUGACUGUCUUAAGAAAUGAACAAAAGGUUUUUUCUUUUUGCAGGCUAAAGUUUAAAUGUAAUAGGUUUACUAAACAUUAACAAACAUU